GUAACUCAGUACUAGCCCUGCUCUCAAAGAGCAGACAGAUAAGAGGCUACAAUAAGACUCCAGAAGAGGAGUUCUGCUCUGAACAGCACACCUUGGUUUUUGAAUAAGUACUGGGAGGGCCUGAGACAAUAGAAGAAGUUUGAUGUCUCUGGAGAUACCCAAACACCUGUGAAGCUACUGCUGCAGUCAAGAAGUCAAAUGUCCCAUCACCUCCAAAAGGGAAGCAAGGCGUUGAAGAACAUGAAUUUCACAAAGGAUACCAGACACAUAAGGAGAUGUCUGUCCUGAAGCUGGCAGGGGUGAUAUCCUUGUUCACAUUUGCCAUCGGUGUCAACAUCUGCUUGGGAUUCACAGCAAGUCGGAUCAAGAGGGCAGAAUGGGACGAAGGACCUCUCACAGCAUUAUCUGACUCUCCGUGGACCAACACAUCUGGAUCCUGCAAGGGCAGAUGCUUCGAGCUCCAAGAGGUAGGACCUCCUGACUGUCGCUGUGACAACCUAUGUAAGAGCUACAGCAGCUGCUGCCAUGACUUUGAUGAGCUCUGCUUGAAAACAGCUCGUGGCUGGGAGUGUACCAAAGACAGAUGUGGGGAAGUACGAAACGAGGAGAAUGCCUGUCACUGCUCAGAAGACUGCCUGUCCCGGGGAGACUGCUGUACCAAUUACCAAGUGGUCUGCAAAGGAGAAUCACACUGGGUGGAUGAAGACUGUGAAGAAAUAAAAGUCCCAGAAUGCCCUGCAGGGUUUGUCCGCCCUCCAUUGAUCAUCUUCUCUGUGGACGGGUUCCGUGCAUCGUACAUGAAGAAAGGAAGCAAGGUCAUGCCCAACAUUGAGAAGCUGCGGUCCUGUGGCACACAUGCUCCCUACAUGAGGCCUGUGUACCCCACAAAAACCUUCCCUAACCUAUAUACUUUGGCCACUGGUUUAUAUCCAGAAUCCCAUGGAAUUGUUGGCAAUUCAAUGUAUGAUCCUGUAUUCGAUGCUACUUUCCAUCUUCGAGGGCGAGAGAAGUUUAACCAUCGAUGGUGGGGAGGUCAACCUCUAUGGAUUACAGCCACCAAGCAAGGGGUGAGAGCUGGAACAUUCUUUUGGUCUGUGACCAUCCCUCAUGAGCGGAGAAUCUUAACCAUCCUGCAAUGGCUUUCAUUGCCAGACAAUGAGAGGCCUUCAGUUUAUGCCUUCUACUCUGAGCAGCCCGAUUUCUCUGGACACAAAUAUGGCCCUUUUGGCCCUGAGAUGACAAAUCCCCUGAGGGAGAUUGACAAAAUGGUGGGGCAGUUAAUGGAUGGACUGAAACAGCUCAAACUGCAUCGGUGUGUGAACGUUAUCUUUGUUGGAGACCAUGGAAUGGAAGACGUGACAUGUGACAGAACUGAGUUCUUGAGCAACUAUCUGACUAACGUGGAUGAUAUUACUUUAGUUCCUGGAACGCUAGGAAGAAUUCGAUCCAAAUUUAGCAAUAAUCCCAAAUAUGACCCUAAAGCCAUUAUUGCUAAUCUUACGUGUAAAAAACCAGAUCAGCACUUUAAGCCUUACAUGAAACAGCACCUUCCCAAACGCUUGCACUAUGCCAACAACAGGAGAAUCGAGGAUAUCCAUUUGUUGGUGGAUCGUAGAUGGCACAUUGCAAGGAAACCUUUGGAUGUUUAUAAGAAGCCAUCCGGAAAAUGUUUUUUUCAGGGUGACCAUGGCUUUGAUAACAAGGUCAACAGUAUGCAGACUGUUUUUGUAGGUUAUGGCCCAACUUUUAAGUACAGGACGAAAGUGCCUCCAUUUGAAAACAUCGAACUUUACAAUGUUAUGUGUGAUCUCCUAGGAUUGAAGCCGGCUCCCAAUAACGGGACCCACGGCAGUUUGAAUCACUUACUGCGGACAAAUACCUUUAGGCCCACCAUCCCGGAGGAAGUUACUAGACCCAAUUACCCAGGGAUCAUGUACCUCCAGUCUGAUUUUGACCUGGGCUGCACCUGUGAUGAUAAGGUAGAGCCAAAGAACAAACUGGAAGAGCUCAAUAAACGCCUCCACACCAAAGGGUCUACAGAAGAGAGACAUCUCCUGUAUGGACGACCUGCAGUGCUUUACCGGACUAGAUACGACAUCUUAUACCACACGGAUUUUGAAAGUGGCUAUAGUGAAAUAUUCUUGAUGCCUCUCUGGACGUCAUAUACCGUUUCUAAGCAGGCUGAGGUCUCCAGCAUCCCGGAGCAUCUGACCAACUGUGUUCGCCCUGAUGUUCGUGUGUCUCCGGGAUUCAGUCAGAACUGUUUGGCCUAUAAAAACGAUAAACAGAUGUCAUAUGGAUUCCUUUUUCCUCCCUAUCUGAGCUCUUCCCCAGAAGCUAAAUAUGAUGCAUUCCUCGUAACCAACAUGGUUCCUAUGUAUCCCGCUUUCAAGCGCAUCUGGACUUAUUUCCAAAGGGUUUUGGUGAAGAAAUAUGCCUCAGAAAGGAAUGGAGUCAAUGUAAUAAGUGGACCAGUUUUUGACUACAAUUACGAUGGCUUACGAGACACUGAGGAUGAAAUCAAACAGUAUGUGGAAGGCAGCUCUAUUCCUGUCCCAACUCACUACUAUAGCAUCAUUACCAGCUGCCUCGACUUCACUCAGCCUGCAGACAAGUGUGAUGGUCCCCUCUCGGUGUCCUCUUUCAUCCUUCCUCACCGGCCCGACAACGACGAAAGUUGCAAUAGCUCGGAGGAUGAGUCCAAGUGGGUAGAGGAUCUCAUGAAGAUGCACACAGCGCGAGUGCGAGACAUUGAGCACCUCACUGGUUUGGACUUCUACCGGAAGACGAGCCGGAGCUAUUCAGAAAUUCUGGCCCUCAAGACAUACCUGCAUACAUAUGAGAGCGAGAUUUAACUUUCUGGGCAUGUGCAGUAUAUUCUUAGCAACUGGUGUAUAUUUUUAUAUUGUGUUUGUAUUUAUUAAUUUGAGGCAGGACGUAAAAAAACACUUAGUAUUAUAAUCCUAUACCAAAUCUGACAUAGUAAGCCUGAAUGACUCUGUUACUUUUCCUCUAACGCUUGAGUUAGACUGAGUUGUGUUCUGAUUAGAGCUUCUAGUGAACACUGCGGCUCAUGAUCCAAGCAGAAGCUUCCACAUGGUGCUGCAGACAGAACAUUUGCAGCGAGGAAAUAUUAAUUUUCCAAUGCACAGUCACCACACAUAGUCCUGUUCCGUAUUGAGAUACUGAUUUUGUAAAGCUACAUUCAUCUGCUGUUAACGCUGACCGAUGUAUUUAAGCCUUAUAGACCAAUCUUAACGAUAAUAAAUCACACGUUCAGAUUUCCCCUG